AUGACGCGACGGAUAGUGCGCACCAUAACCCAGCUUGCCGCUGCCGCCGUAUUCGCAUUCCUCGUCAUUUUCCUCUUAGAUCGAAAUUUCCGACUUCUACCUAAUUCCCUUGACCCUGAAUCAUGGCAUCGGGUCGAAAAGAACCUCUAUUUAGACAAAUCAUGGGUCUCCAAGGCCUACAUCCAUGUCCAGAGAAAGAAAGAGGAGGAGCUGAAACCGGAAGACAAGGUGGUCAUAGGUGUCACAGUGGGUCGACUAGACCCUUCGACCGGAGCCAAGGGGCAGACGGGUGAAAAGUGGGAGUCUCGUCCAGCAGGCCUAUGGGUACUACGGUCAUCCAAACCGACGGCGAGUGAUUCUAAGACAGCUGUUACGGCGAUAGAUGUUCUCUUCGGUGACGACGCUGUCGAGGUUCGAGACGGGUGGCAGUUCCAGAAUACGCCCUUGCUACUUGACGUUGGGUCAGAUAUACCGAGUGCCCAUAUCACCGUCCGACAGGGAACUCAGGUUGAGCCUAUUAAGCCCCAACCACGAGUGAGGGACAAUGGAAAGUUCAAGAUAAUGCAGCUAGCAGAUCUUCAUUUGAGCACGGGCGUUGGUCAUUGCAGAGAUGCGGUUCCGGACGAGUAUGAAGGUGGACCCUGUCUAGCAGAUCUGCGGACUCUAGAUUUUGUAUCCAAGUUGCUGGACGAAGAAAAGCCUGAUCUGGUUGUCCUUAGCGGUGACCAGGUGAAUGGCGAUACCGCCCCCGAUGCGCAAUCGGCUAUCUUCAAAUAUGCGCAAUUGCUCAUUAAGCGCAAGAUCCCUUACGUAUCUAUAUUCGGUAACCAUGACGAUGAAGGGUCGCUACCUAGAGCUGGGCAGAUGGCGCUGAUUGAACAAUUACCGUACUCGUUGUCUGUCGCCGGGCCAGACGAUAUUGACGGGGUUGGUAAUUAUUUUAUCGAGGUCCUUGCCCAAGGGAGCUCAAAGCAUUCCGCUCUUACGGUAUACUUGCUUGAUUCCCACUCAUAUUCUCCAGAUGAGCGGCAAUGGAGCGGCUACGACUGGAUCAAAAAGAACCAAAUCGAUUGGUUUAGACAAACUUCGGAAAGCCUGAAGAAGAAGCAUAAGGAGUAUACUCAUAUCCACAUGGAUAUCGCCUUUAUCCACAUUCCUCUUCCGGAAUACAGGGAUCAGGAAUCGCAGUACGUAGGCGAAUUGAGGGAAGGUGUCACGGCCCCCAAAUUCAACUCCGGAUUCCGCGACGCCUUGGUUGAGCAAGGUGUCGUCAUGGUUAGUUGUGGACACGACCAUGCAAAUGAGUAUUGCAUGCUAUCAUCCGAUAAAGAGACAAAGAAGCCCGAGUUGUGGAUGUGUUAUGGUGGCGGUGCUGGAUUUGGAGGUUAUGGCGGUUAUGGCGACUUCGUCCGCCGGGUACGUUUCUUCGACAUCGACAUGAACGAAGCCCGAAUCACAACUUACAAGAGACUUGAAUAUGGCGAUACCGUAACUCGUGUCGAUGAACAAAUCAUCGUUGAUGGAGGCAGUGUCAUAUCACCUAAGGAUCAGAGCUGA